UUGUGCUCGCUCCCUCUCCCGACUCCCCCUCACGCUGUUUCUGUGUCUCUCACUCCCUGCUACACUGAGGAUGUUAAAUCAGAGAAUCCACCCGGGCAUGCUCUUACUCCUGAUGUUUCUCUGCCACUUCAUGGAAGAUCACACAGUGCAGGCUGGGAACUGCUGGCUCCGGCAGGCGCGGAACGGCCGCUGCCAGGUCCCCUACAAGACCGACCUCAGCAAGGAGGAGUGCUGCAAGACCGGCCGCCUGACAACUUCGUGGACGGAAGAGGACGUCAACGACAACACGCUUUUUAAGUGGAUGAUUUUUAAUGGGGGAGCCCCAAACUGCAUCCCGUGCAAAGAAACGUGUGAGAAUGUGGACUGUGGACCCGGGAAGAAAUGUAAAAUGAACAAGAAGAACAAACCUCGGUGUGUUUGUGCUCCGGAUUGCUCUAAUAUCACUUGGAAGGGCCCUGUGUGUGGCUUAGAUGGGAAAACCUACAGGAACGAGUGUGCCCUUCUCAAAGCCAGAUGUAAAGAACAGCCCGAACUUGAAGUCCAGUAUCAGGGCAAAUGCAAAAAGACCUGCAGGGAUGUUUUAUGCCCAGGAAGCUCCACAUGUGUGGUUGACCAAACUAAUAAUGCCUACUGCGUGACAUGUAAUCGAAUUUGCCCAGAGCCUACCUCCCCUGAACAGUAUCUCUGCGGGAAUGACGGCAUAACUUACGCCAGUGCUUGCCAUCUGAGGAAAGCUACCUGCCUACUGGGCAGAUCCAUUGGACUAGCCUACGAAGGAAAAUGCAUCAAAGCCAAAUCCUGUGAAGACAUUCAGUGCAGUGCUGGGAAGAAAUGCUUGUGGGAUUUUAAGGUUGGCAGAGGUCAGUGCGCCCUCUGUGAUGAGCCAUGCCCUGAAAGCAAGUCAGAUGAGGCAGUCUGUGCCAGCGAUAACACAACUUACCCAAGCGAGUGUGCCAUGAAAGAGGCAGCCUGCUCCAUGGGUGUGCUUCUAGAAGUAAAGCACUCUGGAUCUUGCAACUCCAUUAAUGAAGACCCAGAGGAUGAAGAGGAAGAUGAAGACCAGGACUACAGCUUUCCUAUAUCUUCCAUUCUAGAGUGGUAAAACCUCCAUCACUAUUGGAACAGCCAUUGGGCACGAAAUCAAUGUCCAUACUGUAAAUAAGUGUAUGCUUAUUUAUUUUGGGGAGAAAAAAAAGUAUACAUAUAGUUGAGUCUGGUAGACAUUUAUUUAUACUGUGUCAUGUUUUAUAAUUUAUACAUAAAAUGUCUGGUUGACUGUACACCUUGUUUUUUGAAGAAAUUUAUUCGUUACGGGAAGAGCAGUGUUAUUUAUUGUGAGGUCUCUUGCUUGUAAAGUAAAGCUUUUCUUUUUUCGUGAAAACUAUGAAAGUCCAUUCCUUAGAGCUUACCCACAUGAUCUCAUCUCUUGGUUUCACUGAUGUUAACUCUUUUCCACUUUAACAAACUUGCAUGUUGGUUUCUGUUAUGUUUAUUUAUUGGAUUUUCUUCUUGCCGGUUCUGUACAUGAAAGAUCCCUCGGGUUUUUGUUUACAAGGAAUCUUGACUGACCAAAAGGCGUUGUAACUGACUUAAGCAUACUUCCAGGGUGCAGUGAGGCGAUCUUUAAGGAAACUUCUUCCACUUCACUUUUCUCUACUUCUGAUCACAUCAUGUACUGAAGUGAUCUCAAUGUGCUGAGCGUAUAUACUGUACUAUACAAAUUUCGGACCCAAAGAAAUCGGAUUAUGAAGGUUGUUAGUAGCUACAGGGCUACCUGUAAUAAGAAUAAAGGUUUUAUUUUAUUUUUAGUGUUUUUGUAACAUGCAUAGGUGUUUUAUCAGUUGUUUCCUUUAAGAUGGUCUUGCAGUACCACUUUCAAAAUUUUCUUUUCCCAAUCAGUGUGUCACUAAAAGUUAUAUCAAAGCUUUAUCAGUUCAAGUUUCUUGCUAUUCAUAAUACUUUUUUUCUGAUGCAAUUUUAUAUUUUCAAACAUGGCGAGUUAAAUAUAAAUUCAUUUAAAUAUAUAGUUUUGUACUUUUCUACCAUGUAAAUGUGCAAUGUAUAUAAAAGUUAUAAUGUGUAUUUGUAAAUAAAUGAUGAGUGAAAAAAUAAAAAGAGGAAUUUUCCCUA